AGAGAAAAGUCCCCUCUGUGUUUCCGUACCUUACACAGCGAAGGUUAGUUAAUACAUCCAUGUUAGUUAUCUUCCUGCUAACUCCUCCUGUCGACGUGCUGACAUUGGGGACAUAAUAGAUAACCUGUUCGUGUUAUCGCUUCUUAAUAUAAAAGGAUCCUCAUCAUGGUGUCUGGAAAGCGCCUGGCUGACUUCGGCUAUCGGACGUUUACCACCUCGAUGAUGCUGCUGACGGGCUACGGCGGCUACCUGUGUGUGAUGCGAGGAUACCGCUACAUGGAGAAGCAAAAACAGCUGAAACUGGCAGCAGAAAACCAGGACCCCGAAGUCAUGAAAGACUGAUGUGAGAUGGACUGUUGUUGUUUUUGCACAGAUGUGGACAUUUCCCAUUCCUCCUUUGUUUUUGGUCCGUCGCUAAAAUCAUGAAGAGGUUAAUUCUUCUCAGGACAUUUAAGUGAUCUCCUUUGCGAGGGUGUUGUGCCCUCACUAGGAAAAUGUUUAUAAAAACUUCACCAAGCAAAUUGAAUAAGAGCAUAUUAUUUGCAUCAACGGCCUGUGUAAAAUCCAUGUUGUGAGUGUUUCUGGAGUGAAGAUGGCUGUAAAUGUUUGUCUUAUAUUAAAUGCCUUUAAACACACAAA